UCAGAAAAAUGGCCGAAAUUUCUUGCUCUGACUGGAUUGUUAUGCAACAGUUUUUUGACGAUAUAUCCCACGUCUUUUAAUAGAUUUUUCUGGAAAGUUGUAAAAUUAAAGCGAUGCUAUGUGGCUACAAAUCUAACGGAAAUCGGUGUGUGAAAUGUUUUUGGAAAUACAAAUUUACAGCUCGCAAACCUGGCAAUGUGAUUCUUGUCCGACCUGUCGUAGUACAACAUCAUAUUAAAACCUUCAGACUUUCGUUUUAAAAUGUUAGAAAGUCUCGCUGCCUGGGUUUUACGGACUUAUGUUGGGGAGUAUGUUGAGAACCUCAAUACAGAUCAGCUAUCCAUUGGUUAUGGAACAGUGGAGCUUGAAAAUUUGCCCCUACGAAAGACAGCUCUACAAGGCCUUGAGCUCCCAUUAGAAGUGAAGUCAGGAUUUAUUGGACGUCUCAAGCUUUCCAUCCCUUUUCGUCAUCCCAAGUCAGAGCCAUGGAUCAUUCAUAUUGAUAAACUAUAUCUUAUAGCUGGACCUCUAUGCGAAUAUCAGUAUGAUGAAGAACAGGAAAAGAAAAAAGAAUCUGAACGAAAACAGAAACAACUUGAUGGUCUGGAGAUGCAGUGGCAGUUUGGGAGGUCAAAGGAAAGUGCAACUGAGUCCUGGUGGACUUCAAUCUAUUCUUCUCUAUCUACAACAAUUAUGGAAAAUCUUCAGUUGGUUGUCAACGAUGUUCAUGUUCGGUAUGAAGACAACAUUCUUAACCCAGAAAAUCCCUUUGCAGUCGGAAUUACAAUUGAGAAGCUUGCCAUGGAAUCAGCAAAUCAGAAUUGGGAACCAGAGUUUUUAGUGUCCGAAAGUCAGACAAAGUUCAAACUUAUUGAAAUUCAGAAGUUUGCCUUGUAUUGGGACUCAGACACAAGUUUAGUUGGAGAUUUACCUUCAAAAGAUUUAAAUGAUGCCUUAUGUCGUAUAAUCGGAAGGCAACAAGGAAUGGCUGGUUUUUCUCAACAUGAGUACAUUCUGCACCCGUUAAGCUCUCAAGUAAAACUCCAACGCAACUGUUCAGCUGUUCCAUUGAGAGACAAGGAAGAACCAAGAUUUAUCAUCGACAUACAUCUCGAAAAAAUUGCAAUCUCUCUGGCUGAUGUACAGUAUCAGAACCUGUCCAAACUCAUGGAAGAAUUCCAGAGACAUUUUCGCAGUCAAAAGUAUCGAAAAUGGAGACCACUUUUACCGAAGAAACACAAUGCAAAAGCUUGGUGGCAGUUUGCUGGAAAGUGUGUCUUAAACUUCAUCGAAGAAAGAAACAAACGUCAGACGUGGUCUUUCACCAUAACAAGAGCUCAAACUAUUGUAAAAUACGUUAACGUUUAUACCAAACAUUUGACGGAGGCCACUGAAGACGUAAAUGCAACGGUCAUUCAAAAAGAAAUCGAGGAUGAAUUAAGCUUUGAAGAAUUAAAGGUGCUGCGUUCUAUUGCUGUCGCUAUCGUCAGAAAGGAAGAGGCAUUGAGAAGGGCUGCAGAGAUCAAACAUUCGCAAAGUCAACAAAACUCAACACAAAAUGAUGCAAGCGCUGGUUGGUUGUCCGGUUGGUGGGGAUGGUAUGGUGCCUCUGAGGAAAGUACUACUGUGGACACCUCACUGCCUCCAAAUGUUGCAAGUGAAGGACCUCAGACUGAAGAAGAAGAGCAAUUUCUGGAGGAAAUACAAGAGGGCAAUACGGAUGAUUCAAUUUUCAAACGCGACACCGUCUUCGCCAAUUUGAACUUCCACCUUGACAGCGGACAGUUCAAGCUCUUGACAACUAAGAAUCGCAUUAACCAUGGCGAACUACAGCCAUUGGUCGAAAUCGUGUAUGCUGACGUGAGAUGGAUGUCUCGAGUUUGCCCCAGGAGCAGCACUUGGCGCAGUAACAUGAGCCUACGGUCUAUACUGGUCAAAGACAAGAUGAGUGAAGGGAAUAUUUUUCAUUACUUGGUGUCAGGACAACCAAAGCAAAUCUCCGAGGAUUCUCCCAACGAGUCCGUAUUUCAACUAGAAUUUGAAAAAAUGCCAAAAAGUAGUAAAAUUGGUUAUGGCUUAAAAAUAAGAACACAGCCACUGCAGAUUGUUUAUAAUCCGGCCACAAUCGAGAGGAUCUCAGAUUUCUUCAGAAGACAAACGAUAUCAACGAAGAAGGCCGACCUUCACGCCAUUGAGCAACAGAUAUUGGAUGCAGCUUGGGCGAGAUACGAGGAGUUAAAGACACAGACCAAGACUGGGCUCUAUCAUGCCAUGGAUGAUUUGUUACUGGGGCAAGUCAAGACGCAAGACAAAAGAUGGAACAUCGAGAUGUUUAUUGCUGCCCCACAAAUCAUUCUUCCCGAGUCGUUUCAAGAAAAGAAUGCUUCGAUGAUUCUUGUCGAUCUUGGAAACCUUUCAUUCGUCACAAAAUCUGGCUCAGCGAAAACAUCCCAAGACACACAGAACAAAGUUAACAUGGAAAUUGAGGGGGAAGACGAUGACGAUUCGUUUGUCACUCCUCCGUCAACACCGCCAAGCGAAGACGAGAUGGACGGCCUUCCAGCCGUGGCGUCUCUGAGCGAGCUGAAAGAAAGUUUUACUGCGGAGUCACUGGCCGAUAAAGUUUACGAUAGAUACACCUUGGAACUAGCAGAUCUGCAGGUCUUAGUCGCAAAGAUUGACGAGUAUCGAAAAAAGCAAAGCAGUGGUAUAGCUGGAAGCCUUGAGGAGUUUAGCAUUGUGGAUAAGUUCACAAUUUCACUUCAACUGGAAAGGAGGUUAAUAUUCACCGCAGACCCUAAGUGGCCAAGUGUAACCGUGUCAGGCGAUUUACCAAAACUAAAUUUGUAUUUUAGCGAGAUAAAGGUCCAAACCAUGUGGAAAUGUAUGGCAAACCUCUGGGGUAGUAACAACUCCAUCACACAACAACAAUCUUCGGACGAGUCCGUGGAAUCGUUUCCUAACUUAUCAUUGAAUGAAACAUCAAAAUCCUUGCUCGACCUCACUGAAGUUGACUAUUACAAACUUACAAAUCAAGACACCUAUGAUAGUGCUACACCCUCACUAAGUCAUCAGUCAUCGGACAGUUCUCUGGAUUGUCGCCAAAAGCUUGGUCAGUUAUCAGAAGAAUCGUGUCAGGUUCUUGGACAAUUCUGCAUUAACGAACUCUGCGUUUUUUUGUCUGGCAGAGGUCGAGUCAUUGCAGAGUUAAAAGUCGAUGGUGUUAAGUCCAGUUACACGAAGAGACCUUAUGAUAUGUCGUUGUCGCUAAUGGUUUACGAUAUCUUUCUUGUGGAUCGCGUGCAGACCUACGGUCCAGAGUUUCAGAUGUUAUUGUCCUCUCACGACUCUAGUAGAAAUAAAUGUGUCACACCAGUUCAUCCUGUUGCCAAUAAGGUGUUCAUACUCGAUAGCUCGGAGAAUGUUGAUCAGCCUGAGUUUGACUCAGUUGUUACGGUGGAUUACAAUCAAAUAAAUACAAAUAGUCCAAGUUUAAGAAGCGAACAGCCCAUGAGGAUUGCUUCAAUACAGUUUAACAGUGUCAAAUUUAUUGCCAACCAAGAGACAAUUGUUGAACUGAUGAAUUUCAUCAACACUCUAUUUCCAUCUGGUGGUACUCAAUCUUCCACGGCCAACCUUCAGACUAUCACUGAAAAUGAAGUAGCCAAGGAUCUCCAGGAGAAGCAGGAUGACGAAUCACCAGUUUCCAUGGAGAUAACGGCCACCUUUCAUCAGCUCAACGUACAGUUUAUACGUGGGCUCACGCUAGAAAAUCAAAGCUUUGCCCGAAAAGUUGCCGACGUUAACAUAAUUGAUCUUUGGACGCAGGUGACAUUCGGGGAUAAACAGAUCAUCGAGGGAUCUCUGGGAGGCCUACAUGUACUUGACGUGACACCGGAGGAUAUUUGCCACAGAGAGGUGCUGAGUGUUGGGGUUUUAAUGACAGGGAGUCCAAGAUCAAAUUCCGGUGUAUUUCAAGACUUUGAUUCAGGAGGGGAGGCCAAGAAGGCUUUUACAUUCACCUUAGUCAAACCUAAGCCGACAGACAUUGGCUCACACCCCCCGGCUGAUGAAAGCUUAUCGAAGCAUAUACGUCUAUCAGUUCAUAUGGCGUCGGCACAUUAUACACAUACACACAGGUUUAUUUCUGAACUAACGCGAUGCUUUGAUGAUUUUAGUAGCCAUGCAAAUGCGGUUGCACAAUCAUUACGAUCAGCGGCAACCUCCAUGGCUAUGGGCUUGGUAACCAAGCAAAAAUCAUUGGCUGACGGAAUAGAUUAUUUUUCAUCCUCGUUCACUCAAGGUUCUUCAGGGUUAGGCCUCGAACCCAGGUCGUCAAGUCGGCGGCCGAGUGUAGACUCGUGGGACGGCGCGGUUGAACGGAACCUGGGACCAAUUGCAUCCGCCCCCGAGAGUAAACGCCGUGUGUAUGCUCACGUGACUAUAGAGACACCGGUGGUUAUAUUGCCGCGUACUUCAAGUAGCCAGGAGCGCUUGGUGGCUCAUUUAGGUCGGAUAGUGAUAUACAAUACCCAUUUAACUUCUUACGAUCAUAGUUUUCAAGAGAAUUGCAGGCGAACAAAUUCUGAUAGCAAUAUUAAUUUUAGUUUUAACGACAGCGCCACGGAAAACAAUUUUGACCAAACUUCGGACAGUUCCACCGAUUUUGACGAUAUAGACCGCGUGUAUAUUGACAUUACUGAUAUGAGUUUGUAUUCUCUGGGGUUGGCAAAAGGUGGCGCAAGGUGCUCGGAGAAUGGCACGGGUGUUGCCGUCAGCGAACAUAUUUUACACAAUACGGCUUUACGGCUCGUGGUCGACCGAUGCUGUCGUAGUGGGCCUGGGGAUGAAGCCGAAGGUGAAAUCUCAGAGACUGACUUCGGGGAGAGCUCGAAGCCGACCAUUCUCGUAUCGGGUCGUGUCACAAAACCCCUUCAGUUGGUGCUAUCAAACAGAGCUUAUAAACAACUGUUGUCAACCAAUGAUACGUUAUCUGGGAAGACUGAGAGGAAUAUGAGUGGAUCGAGGGGGACUUCGACAGCUUCUAGUGCUGUGACAUCACCAAUCAUAUCUCCAGUAUCGUCAUCUUUCGAUUUGGAGAAUGCGAAUCAGGUAGAACCAGUUCCGAUGAACGUUGACCAAUCAAAUGACAGCGGACCAUCCGAAAACCUUUCAAUAACGCCCGAAGGAGCCCGAACUCCCAUUCGGGCGAGCUUCGAUGUGCCUCGUUUCAAUAUAGAGUUAAGAGGCGAUUUGAAGGACGGCGAACAGGGAAUCGUCAAUGUUUUUUUCCAAGAUUUCGAACUGCUGUACAAAAACACCGUGAAAUCAGCGACAUAUUACGACGUAUCUUUGGGUGGCUUGGCCGUCGAAGAUUUAUUGCAAAACCCAGAUUCCUUGUACCGUAAUAUGAUGGUGUCUUCGAGUUCUUUGUCAAAAACAUCUAAAGGUAAUUUGAAACGCAACGAAGCACUGUCAAAAUCCUGUCCGGAUAUUUCGGGAUUUUUCGCAAAAGAUGCUCAUUCCACCUCACUGCCGAUGGAAUUGGGCAGCAACCCCCGGGGUAAUGGCAUGCGUGCCUCCUCCCCCCUGAGGCCGAUGUUCCAACAUCGUCGAAUGUUCGCGUUACGAGCCGAAGAGAUGUGUGAAGACACGGAGGACCGGGACGAGAGCGUUAAUGAUUCUGUCGAAGAGUUCCUUGGGAAGAGAGAUACGUAUAAGGAGACUGGGGAUGAUACUCUCGUGAAGAUUAAAGCUCUUAUGGUGGAUAGGACCUCAGAGGAAUACAUCACAAAAUAUAACAAGACCGACAGAUUUGUUGAGGUGGAUUUCAAUUCGUUGGAUACAACUGUAAACCUUCAGACAUGGGUUGUUUUUCUGGAGUUCUUUGGCAUUGGUCGAGCUCCAGACGAGAUCAACACAGCCCAAAAACAAGAUGCAAUGAAUAUCGAAAGACAAAUAGAAACCGAAUCUUCAUUGCCUGACGGAGAGGAAAACUCAAUUCAAGAACACAUCAAUUCUCAGUACAAAGUUCGCGUUUCCUCGUUGUCGUUGACUUUGAACAAGGUUAAAUAUCCUCUUGCAAAGAUCAAGAUCGCUGGUCUCUCGUCGCUAGUUAACAUGAGAGAGAACGACAUGAACGUUAAAGGAAAACUGAUGAAGAUCAAUUUGGUUGACAUGUCUCCUCAUGGAAAGAUGUAUAGAGAAAAAUUUACAACAUGUGGGGAAGAGGCUUUGGAUUUUGAUUUUUUCAGAUAUGGUGAUCCCGACCCGGAAUUACGUCACGAGUACGAUAUGAAUAUUAAACUCCGCAUGUCCGCUGUCCAGUAUGUUCACACGAAGCGAUUUCAAUCUGAGCUCAUGGCAUUCGUCAAUCAUUUCUCGCAAAUACAGGAAUCUUUGAGACGGAUGAGAACCGUGGCCGCAGGAAACGAGGUUGCUGAAAUGUCCACUCGAGCUACGAGAAUCUCUCUGGAUAUAAUUGCUGGUUCUCCGUUGAUGAUCUUCCCCAAAUCCUCCACGUCCGAGGAUCUCCUCGUCGCAAGCCUUGGUCACAUGACCCUGAGAAAUCAAUUUCUAUUCGCUGAUGACGAGGGUACGAUACUCCGGGGGCUUAGUUCGGAGGCGGAAGAUGACGAAUUGGAAAUAUUACCCGACAAAAGCUGCGGUUCUGAAGAAGUGGGGCCACCGUGUAUGUUAGAUCAUAUGGAAGUUGAGUUGGUAGACAUUGACCUAUUCUCAGCCGUGUCAAUUUCACAGCAGGGAGAUGUGUUCUUGUACAAAAGACAGGGAAACAAGCUCUUUAAAGAGACUUGUAAGCUGGACUUGAUGAUUGAACGAAAUUUAGACUGGGCACGAAGUAGGGCUGUUCCAGACAUGAGCAUCUGGGGAGCUCUUUCAUCAAUGCAUGUCAACCUCGAUUACUCUCAAUACGGCCUAAUUCUUGGUUUCCUAAACCAAAAUCUUGGAGAACCUUUGGAAGCAUUCGAACGACCAUCAUCGUUUGUGGCUGAUCAUUUGGACGACCAAACGUCGUCCGACACCAACCUAUGGACCACCAUUAAGAUGAUCAUUGAUCUUGUUAAUGUAAAAGUCGAGCUUCUUCCUUCAACGUCACUUCACAACCAAAAGACAUUCAUUGAACCAGCUUGUUAUUCAUUGGCUAAAAUAGACUUCAUCAAGUCCAAAUUUGUCUUCGAGGGCUUCUCUGAUUGGUCAAAGACAAUGGACUUGGUCUCACAAGAUGUUUUACUGUAUGACACCAGACAUGAAGGUUCAGACGAACGCUACUUUAAAGAGGUCCUUCGACCAGGAAAGCAACUCGCCGUCAAUCAAACCGGAAGCCCAAAAAAUUCUCUCAUGUUUGAAGUCCAUUAUCGUGACAGCCCAACAAGAACGACUAUGACCUUUAUAUUUAAUAAUAGUCGAAUUACACUCCUUCUCGACGCCAUUUUGGAUAUCUACAACUUCAUCAUGAACAAUUGGGACAAGCCAAGCCAAGAUAAAAGUCAGCCUGCUGUGGACACUAAAUCACAAUCCUCCACAGGCGAUCGAAAGUCAGAGGACGGUAAUAAUGUCCAAACAGAUCAGAAAAAUGACAACAAAAACCAGAAAUCAUUUGAAAUGAAAGUAAAUGUUUCUGGGUCGGAAUUUGUUGCGCUUCAAAACGUUGAUAUUGAGGACACUGAUGCUAUAAUAUUGAGAAUGACAGCCGUUUUAGCUUGGCGACCUCACUACAAAUCUCAAAAGCCCCUCUCGUGUAGUGUUCAGAGCCUCGAGAUCUUCUCAUGUAACUUGUCAUGCGAGGAAGAAUCUGCUUUGUCGAUCAUCGAUCCUAUGGCAGGCCUCAUUGAGCUCAACGCGGCAGAGAGACACCAUAAACGAAAGACCCAGGGUCUUCUCGACGCCACACUCGAGUCCUUGCCAAGUCUUGAGGUCACAUUAAAUUCUCUCAAUAUGAGGAUUUCCUAUAAUGACUAUAAGCUGUACCAGAGGAUCGCUGAAUCACUGUCCAAGCAACUGUCAAAUGCUAUUGACAAAGAAAGAACGGGAUCCGAGCCGAAAGUUGAGGAAGUGAAGGCUGAUUAUUCGUAUCUUUAUGGUCCAUCACUUAAACGUUUACAAGAACUUGGUUUUGAUGAAAGUGAUUGCAUCCGGGCGUUGAAUGAGUGCCGCGGUGAUGUUGAGACAGCGGCUUCCUGGCUGCUUCUUAACGCCACGCCAUCUACAGCACCUGUAAAGCCUGCUGGGGCUGAAAACAAGAGUAAGCUGUCUGGAUUUCAGAUUCGUGCAAACUCUGUUUGUGUGUGUCUUAUUGAUGAUUGUGGUGAUAAUGAUGUACCGCUUACCGAACUUCUUCUUCAACAUCUAUACUUCUGGUAUGAGCUUCAUGGUGUUAGCGACAGUUCAGCGCAAUGUACGUUAACCGCUGAAUACUAUAACCGCAGUGUCUCCGGAUGGGAACCUCUAGUCGAACCAUGGAAAUGUCAAGUGCAUUGGCAAAAGCAACGACGAACAGUGAAUUCUCCCGAAAAUUUACUCGUGAAAGUUGAUGCUGCGGACCGUCUCGAUUUGAAUAUCACGAGUUCUCUGAUUUCAAUGAUUCAAACCACUUUAAAGAAUUGGUCCGAUGACUACUACGGCCCAGCCUUCCUGGACCCCUCGUCCAACAAGCGUGACGCAGGCCCUCAGCAAGAUGACGCGCAGUCUGAGUCGAACUCUUCAGAUGUGCCCACCUUGGGACAUUUCAGAAAACGGGCACCGUUUGUUCCAUUCUUACUACAAAAUCAAACAGGCUGCUCCUUGCAUUUUGCAACGGUCACGUCAUCGCCUUCCAAGGUUGUCAUGACAACAACUGGUCUGGUUUUCUCUGGACGUGUUCAUAACUCGAACAUCAGUGAUUCGUCGAAGAAGCUUUCUGAAUGGCGGGAACUGCAGCCGGGUGAUGAAGUUCCGUUUGAGUUCAAACAAUCGCGUGAGAAGCAGAGGCACAAAGAAACACACGAGUUGAAAGUUCAUCAACUGGUUGUGCAGCUUGAGGGUUGGGAACAAGUCUCCCCAGUCUCAGUGGAUAAAGUUGGCGCGUUCUUUAGGCAAGCAAUGCCAGCAAAAGGCAUUAACAAGGUAAUUCGUUUCAAUCCAACAAGAGUGGUCUUCGAUAUUAAGUUGGAAAAUGGAGCCCAGAAAGUUGUAACUGUCAAAUCAGCCUUGGUACUGAAGAAUAAGACAGACUUAACAAUCGAUGUGAAAUUAGAGUUACCAAGAGGUGAGGCGAUAUUACCAUCAUUAACUCCUCAGUCUGACUUCGCCGUUCCAUUACCUUACGUGCAAUCUCCCCUCUUCGUUCGACCUCACGGUAAAAACACGAGGUUCUCCACGACUCAUCUGCACUGGAGAGAUGUAAGAGAAAAUUUUGAAGAUCUUGGAUACUUUAUUGAAUGUCCAGCCACCAGUGGAAGAACAGGGGAUAACUACAGAUAUUGCGUCUCUGUUCAGCGAGAUGGUUUUCCCGUUGAAAACUCUACCGCCGAGCAUCCUUUGGGAAAAUAUGAGGUCACUCAACCUGCACACACCAUCACGAUCCUACCUCCCAUAGUUCUUGUCAAUCUGCUUCCUGUGGAUCUGUCUUAUUGUAUUCGUGGACAUUCAAUAGGUGGAAACAUUAAGCCUGGAUUAUUAUCGCCUGUGUAUAAGGUUAACCGAGCAUCAUCGCUUAGUUUCACGUUCUCAAUGGAAAAUUUCCCGCACUGCGAGGUGCUGACCAUCCCAGAGCUUAGCGUGGGCGCAGAAUCGUGUAUUCGACAUAUUGAGAUCAAGGAUACCAAGAAUAGAGUUCUAAGACUGAACGCUAAAAUUGAACUACGACCUGGACUGUCGCUAAAGAUCUCCAUAUUCGCGUCAUUCUGGCUCGUGAAUGACACAGGUAUGCCACUCAUAUUCAAACAAGAAGGUUGUUCAGCAGAAAUGGCCGGACAGUUUGAUGAACAUGAAAUGGCGCGAAGUUUGACGCCAUUGUUGUUUUCGUUCAAUGAUAAAGAUGGCUCAUUCAGAUGUCAAAUGAGAAUUGGCAAGGGGCAACACAAAGAUGUUGGAAGACCAGUUUGGUGCACGUCAUUUUCCCUGGAGUAUCCACGAGAAUUCACGCGAGUUCACUCGAAGCAACCUGACAGACGCCCUGAUAUGGUCUAUGAUGUCGGUAUUGAUGUAAGGUUUGGUCAAGGUCGUUUCCGGGACACGCGGAUUGUCACGUUUGCUCCUCGUUACCAGUUUGAAAAUCGUAGCGCUCACACCCUGGCAUUCCAGCAGAGGCAUUUUGUAAGAGAACAGGAAACAAGAAAUCCUGAUGGAACAUUGACAUCACCGCCUGGUGCUCAAGUUGUCUGGCAUUGGGAAAGAACAGACUUAGAUCAACUAUUGUGUAUUAGAUUGAAUGAUAUUCCUGAUUGCCGUUGGUCUGGUGGUUUCAAGAUUGAUCGCGAUAACUCCUCUCACGUGAGCAUGAGGUGUUCGAAUGGCGGUCUGCUGUUCAUCAGGGCUGAAGUGAUGUUAAAAGGAGCAGUGUUUCAUAUCGUUUUCACCGAUGCUAAUCAACUUCCACCUCCAUAUCGUAUUGAUAACAUGUCUGAAGUCCCAAUUUUGUUCUACCAAAGCCGUACUGAGGAACAUCAAAGAUGCCUUCUUCAACCCAAACAAUCAGUGCCUUAUGCCUGGGAUGAGCCAACGUUACCACGUGAAUUGACCUGCGGUAUCGUCAACGAUGGAUCUUUUAUUCAUUUCAAUCUUGAUAAACUUGGGGAGAAAGACAAGCUCUAUUACUACAACGCUAUUUAUAUUGCAUUCACACACACGCUCACAAGAUCCGAAGGUGUUGUAUCCAGAUCGUUUAGUAUGAAACCAGUCGAUCCCUCAAAUAUAUACUCUGAGGAAUUAGUCCUGGAUGUCCCUCAAGGAACAGCCGUGAUCCUAAGCAAAAAGGAGCCAUACAAGCGCACGCAACUGUGGAGAAUGACAUCAUCUGGAAUUCUAUUCAACGAAGGAUCAUCGCCUCCGUUUGAUCCUCGGAAACCGUCGUCGUCAAGCGCUGGUUUCGUGCUAGAUGUCGGUCAUUUGGAUCCUUUGUCAUUUGCAAGAAAUCGUAAAUCGAUACCGCUGAUUCUUAGUAAGCUGAGCUCACAAAGAAAAGACUACCAAACCUGGUCUUUUACUGAGGAUGGCAGAAUGAAGAAUCAAAUUAAAGACUAUUUUGUUAGUUCUAAACCUGGUUUGGGCUUAUAUCAAGGUUCCGAUGCAUUACUUUGCUGUUCAGUCAAAUCAUCAUCAGCAGGAAAAGUUCCUAAAGAACAACAAAUCAGCAUUGAAAAGUUGCGACCAGGUUCUGGGAUGCUAUUGGUUAAAGUGCUCGCCGAUGGACCAACCAGAGCUAUCCGAAUUUCUGACGUCAGGCAGCAAACGGAAGAAGACUAUCUUGCCAAAGACUGGAUGGUCGUUGAACGGCGUGGAGGCCUGAGGCAGACGACGGUGACGUCAGGAGGUGCAAAUGCUCAAACCAACAAACGCACUGAAAUUCAGAUGAGACUUGCUGGAGGAAUAGGGAUAUCCUUGAUAAAUGGGGUUCCCGAAGAACUUGUGUUUGCUACUUUUAGUCCUAUUGAGAUGGACUAUAUAACAACGGCCUUUACCAGACGUCUUGAGCUUAGCAUUGGUAACAUUCAGGUUGACGACCAACUAUAUCUCACUCAAUACCCAGUGAUGGUGUUUGUGACUCCCUCUUCAAAAGACGAUUGUACGGUCUCUGAGCCCGCUAUCAGUAUCUCGGCUGCUAACGAGCCCACGAAACUUCAAAAUUGUGAAAUUUUCAAGAAUCUUAAUGUAUCGUUGAGAAAACUGACUCUUCAAGUUGAUGAAAAACUUCUGUUCAAACUUCUCCAAUUCUUUGGCUGGGUGUAUAACGAUGAUGACGUUACUGUUAAUCAGGAUUCAGAAAAUUUAGGCAUUGAAACGCACAGAACUUCUUCCUCCGUAUCCCCGUCAAGUCUGAAGCGUUAUUAUUUUGAGAAAUUUCUGUUCAACGCCGUUCAACUUCGUGUGUCAGUUGCCACGGUAACACGGCUACCAGAGGAUCUUAAACAGAUCAAGUCAUCCAUGGGACUGAUACUAGUUCGCUUGCAGGGCGCUGUUGUCGAUCUUGAAUCCUUUUCACGUACACAUGCAUUUGAUACAAGAACUGCGCUCUUAGAUGCGCUGUCGAAACAUUAUUCUGAGGAAUUGCGAGGCCAGGCCCCGUUCAUUUUAGCUUCAGUUGACUUUCUUGGAAAUCCAAUGGGGUUAUUUAAUGACGUAUCAAGCGGCCUAGAAGGACUGGUGAGGCGUGGUAAUGUUGGCGGGCUGUUUCUUAAUGUUGCCCAUGGUUUGUCUGAUUCUGCUGCGAAGCUUACUGGAUCACUAUCGGACGGAUUAUGGUCAGCCAGUUCAGAUUCGAAAUCGUUGGAAAGUCGUGAGGCAAUGAAAGCCGAACGUCAGCAUCAAAGCAGUGGAGAUCACUUGGUGGCCGGCAUCAAAGGAUUAGGAAUGGGACUAGUUGGUGGCCUCACAAGUAUAGUCACUCAGCCGAUUGAGGGAGCCAGCGAAAAAGGAGUCCCUGGAUUCCUCCAAGGUAUUGGCAAGGGAAUUCUAGGAACAUUUGCCAAGCCUACAGCUGGGGUCCUCGACCUCGCCUCAGGCGUCUCAGCCGCAGUUCGUGGCUCGGCCACACGAAGUUCGCGUCUUUACCAACCAAAACGUGUUCGCUCGAUCAGAAACUGCUUUGGCCCCGGUGGAGCAAUCCCGAGAUUCUCAAAGACAAAUUCUGAAGGACAGUCCAUUGUUUUGAAAUUAAAUGCUAAUAAUAUGGACGAAAAGUUUAUUACCUCUGAAUCAGUGCGUACCGACAUUGAUGGCAGAGUCAAAGUUCUUCUAACGAACGAGAAAGUGUACUUUGUAAAGACGAGCGGCAUUCCAUCCCCUGAAUCAAUCCUUGUCUCUCUGAGAUUUGAAGACGUCCUUGAUUGUCAUCAUUUAAAAAAUGACGUCGAUUAUGUUGAAUUGUCAAGAAAAUAUUCUGAGCCGCCAGUUAGAGUUCGCUGCGAAGCGGCGUCCGCCCAGAAGCUUGUUCAAAAGAUCAAUUAUGCCAAAAGUCUUUUUGAAGAAGUGAAGCACACUGUCAUAGUGAAAUCUACGACGAGCGUUACGUGAUAGGCUGAUGAUUCGCGCACACGUAAACCCAAUCUCGUAAGAACAAGAAAUGAAAACCUAGGAAAACAUGGAACUAUCUCCAUCGCCUAAAAUGUAAUUGCGUGAAUGCAAUUUUUUGUGCAGUUUAUACUAGAAACGGAUGAAUUCAUUGAAUUGAUGUAUUCUUAUAAAUUUCCAAAUCUCCCUCUCUCGAUUUCUGGUAUAUCAAGGCGAGUUCGCUAUUCUAGAUGAGAUUUGUCUUCCGUUUCUAGUAUUCCUGUCGAAAUGAUUCUAAAGUGAAAAUUUUUCCUGUCGUAAAAAUGAAUUUGUAUAUUUAAUGAUUUGUAACAGAGGACAUAUUUAUUCUCUUACAUAAAUUAAUUUAAGUUCCAGUUCGAUAAAGAGUUUAAAAACAAACCGAGAACGAUCUUCUAACACUAAAAUAUUUUUUU